AUGUGCAAUCAUGUCAUGACCGUCUCUACUAGACUGACUCACGACUCCACCAGGUUCGAGAGGAUGGGAAAUCUGCAGCCACCGAGUGCACGGCCGCCAGGCGAAAGUUAUUUCGCUGCGACCGCGGCGGUUACCGAGCCAGCUGCAUCUGUAUCGGCAUCGGCAUCGGCAUCCCGCGACCCUGACAGCAGCAACGGCAGCGGCGGUGACUCAACUGCACCACCGACGCCGGGCUGCUCCUCUAUCGCCAGCACACCGGGCUUUGCAAGUCCAGUGACAGGAGCACAGACUCCAGAUCCAUUGCUAGGGAACAAAAAAACGCCCAUUUCGCGCAUUGCGACUCUCGAGAUUAACAAUGAGAUCGGUCUCCAGCAUCGGAGGCUUUCUACGUCUCGUCCGCAGGGGCAGGACGCGCAGGAUGCCGCAAAUGAGACCGACUCUGAGGCAGCAUCUCCCGUGCAAGCACUGAGCAAGCAGGGGAUCCCGCCUGAGGUCUCCGGCCUCACGGCCGAGUUGUUCAUGGUGGGCGUCUGCUCUAUCAGUCUUAUGCUGUUUUCGUUUUUCCUGGGUGAUAUGCUUGCGCCGCAGGAGCCGAUCAGGGAGGCCUUGGGCAUCUCGAGCUCGCAGCUACCGUGGAUUGUAGGAGCCUUCAACACGGCGAAUGGGCUGUCUGUUGUUGUUUCAGGUUCUCUGGCGGAUCUGGCACCGCCGAAAAUGCUUAUGGUGAGCGCAUAUGCGUGGCUGGCGGUGUGGAAUGCUGUCGGUGCGUUCUCACUCAACCAUGAGCGUUAUAUCCUCUUCUUUGUCGUGAGGGCUAUGCAAGGUCUCGCGAUUGGAGUUCUAGUCUCGGGGAGUAUGAGUGUGCUGGGACGUCUUUAUAAUCCAGGAAUUCGCAAGAACCGGGUCUUCUCUGCGAUCGCAGCAACAGCGCCGCUUGGAUACUCGCUUGGUGCCUUGCAAGGGGGUGCGCUGUCCGCGCAUCUAGAAUGGAUCUUUGGCACGAAUGCUAUUCUUUGCGCUCUUUGCGGCGUCGCGGCUUUUUUCAGCAUUCCGUCGCUUCGCCCGGCGGCUGAUGUAGCCGGGGCCGAGCCACCAACUCUCCGACAGUUCGACUAUAUAGGAGCUGCAUGCGCGGCUGGAGGCUGUGUUUGCCUUCUUUUCGGGCUAACCCAGGGCCCCGUUGCAUCUUGGUCUCCAUAUACCUACGUCCUCAUCAUCGUUGGGGUCUUACUGCUCGUCGCCCUCUUCCUCUGGGAAGGAAAGGCCCCACGCCCUCUUAUACCGAACCGGCUCUGGAGCACCCCAGGAUUCACGGCGUUGAUGGCAGCAUACUUCUUCGGUUUCGGCUCUUUCUUCGGUGCAUGGCAGUUCUAUGUCACCCAGUUCUGGCUGCGCAUCCAAGGUGCCGCUCCCAUAACCGUCGCUUUGUAUUUCAUCCCCAAUGCCCUCGUCGGGAUCUUCGCCACCUGGGUUGUCAGCCGCACCUUGCAUAUCUUCCCAGGCCAUUAUAUCUAUACUGCAGCUAUGUUCGCCUUCACGAUGGGGCCUGUUUUCUUCAUCCCUCAGACACCCAACACAAAUUACUGGGCGCUCUCUUUCCCCGGUGUUGUGUUGGUCACUUUCGGUCCUGAUCUAGCCUUUGCAGCCGCAUCAAUCUUCAUCACGAGUAACGUCUCGAGGUCGUACCAGGGUAGUGCCGCGAGUCUUCUGGUAACCAACCAGAAUCUGUCGUCUGCGAUUAUGACAAGUAUCGCCGAUGCAAUUGGAACGAGAGUCGAUCGUGACGCGGCGGGAGGUAUAGGGUUGAAGGGGCUCAGGGAUAUCUGGUGGUUUGCGUUUGCAACGCAGUUGCUUGCGGCGUUCAUUGUGUUGAUUUGGGUCCGUAUUCCGAAGGAGGAGGAAAAAGAGCAUGUUCCAUGA